AAAAGCCUGAGGAAGCAAAGGAAGGACGCAUAAAGGAUGCAUGAAGGACACAUGAAGGACGCAUAAAGGCAGGAUUCACCGCAUGAGCUGCUGUUAUUGUUAGUCAGAGGGCGCCAUCUAGCGACUGUGUGGAUGUGAAAGUGAAAGUAAAGCUCGGGGAAAACCAGCCGAUAAACGUCGUUUAGUCCGUGACUGCAGCUCGAUGAGGAAACCUGACAGCGAGGAAACAGGACAAACAUGACGGACUUUUCUACCAUCUACAAACUGUCUCUGAUCACCUGCUUUAUUCAAGCCUGCAGCAGCAGCUGUCCGGUGUUGGAGUGCUGGUUUGUGCAGGAGAAGGCGGGUCGAGGUGGAGGUUUAACCGGAGCUACGACCCAGGAAAAGUCUCUGCUCCUCAUCAGGACCGAUGCAGAGAGGCAGAGUGACGAGUCCCAGCGGGAGCCGAGCGACAUCAACCCCGACAGAGUCUACUUUGUUAUUGACCCGGCCGGCACCCUCUGCCACCGCUCCCUCGACCCUCCCAGAGGCUCGGUGACGAAGCCCCAGUGUGAGAUCAACCCCUUCCUGCCGCAGCCCUCCAGCCUGGACUGGGUCUCCCCCCUCACAGACUCGGGCCUCAGCCCCGUGUACCUGCAGGCUGAGUGGUUUUCGUCUGCGUUUCAGGGCCUGAACGAUCAGCUGAGCGUCUCCACCAUCACCCGCGCCCCCACAGGGUCUAAAGAGCACAGUGUGAUCCUCAGCGUGACCAGUAAAACGGUCUCAGUGAAGGCCAGACUCGGGGAGCCUGUGCUGCUGGACUGCAGCUUCUGGGUCAACCCCUCCUCUCCGCUGUCCGGGUCCGGGUUCGCCGUCGAGUGGAGGUACCAGUUCAGAGGCCGCGGUCGGCUGGUGCUGGCUUACGACGGGAAAACAGACCGGCUCGCCGACGCGCAGGAAGAAGGAGCCACGCUGGACUUUGAGGCUGUGCAUGAGACAGGAAACGCUUCCCUGAUCAUGCAGGAGGCCAAAGUGCGUCACUCCGGCACCUACAUCUGCACGGUGUACCUGCCUCACCUGCUGGCUCAGGUGGCGCUGGACCUUGAGAUCGAAGAGCCUCCAUCCCUCUCCAUCCACCCCUCCCCCCUGCCCCUCGCUGUUCCAGGUCAGACUGUAAUCAUCCAGUGUGAAGCGUCCGGCUUCGCCCCCCUCCCCGUGGAGUUCAAGUGGGAGAUUAAAGGUGCCGACGGGAAGUCCAGGCCCCUGGAUUCCUUCAGCGUAACGGGCCACAGGCAGGCCUGGGACGGCACCUUCAGCCAGAGCUCCCGGCUGGAGCUUCACACCUCCAAGCUGGACCUGGGCAGAGGAGGGGAGGUCACCUGUGUGGCCGUCCACGCCGGGGGCACGAGACAGACCAGCGUGACCCUCAAUGUCAUCGGGUUCAGUUCUCCCUCCAUCGAGGACUCCAUGGCGAUGGUCGGCGUGGCGCUGGUGCUCUAUGGGCUCAUCAAGUUUGUGUCGUGGACCUUCAGCAGCUCAGGCUCAGAUGAAGCUGAUAAACAAGAAAAGAAGGAGAAGUGAAGCUGGAAGAAGGACGGCGGCCAGCAGUGACGUUGAUCCGUUAAACCUGCUGGUUCUGAUGAUUUUGACGGGACUUCAGGAGAAGCUUCGAUCCUGUUUAUGGAAUCAUUUCUUUUUUCCUGCAGUUUUGGUGCAUCUGUGUGUUUUAGACCAGAGAAAAGUUUAUAUCAUAUUUCAGCUUCAGCUUUUUGAUCUUUGGGAGGGAAACUGACAGAAACUCAGCAUAAACAUGUGUUAAUAAUUCUUUAAUAAUCGUUCUGUGUAGAUCUGCAUGAUUUUGCCUCCUCUGUACGUCACAAACACUGGAAAGAACAAACAGGACGUUUUCAUGGAUGUGUUGAAACAUCAGCUUCAGUUUAAAGGUUAAAGCUUCUGUUUGAUGCUCCGUCUAAAAAGCAGAUAACGAACCAUCUUUGGGGCCUGAUGUCAGUCUGUGAUCGAAAUGAUGUUUUUAAUGAAGUUAAAGUAACGACAGACUGAACUGUAUCAGCAGGUCUCAUUUUUUUGCCCUUUUUGUAAAUAUGGAGACUGUGUUUCUAUUUUCAUAUUUUUCGAUAUGUGUGUGUUUGUUGCGUGUUUGAAAGGUGCUCCAACAGUCUGUGCUAAUAAAAUAAUGAAACCUGCAGAAAUGA